AUGGUCCGAGCCGCAGAUGGCCACGUUCUUACAGCGAUAAAACGGCAGGGAAAAGAAAAACAUAAGAUCCUUUUUCAGUACACCAAAACGCCAAGAAGUGAGGGACAGAGAGACCAGGGACAGUCAGGUGGAGAGUCUCAGGGAAUGUCCAGCAUGAUGAUCCCUAUAUUCCUGACAGGGCUCUGCUUCCUGUUGCUUGGGCCCACUUGUUACAGUGGCAGCAGGAUCCUAGUAGUGCCCUUUGAUGGCAGCCACUGGAUCAAUAUGGAAGUGAUCCUCCGAGAGCUGCACUCCAGAGGCCACAUCAUGACUGUGUUGCGUGCUGACAAGAGCUGGUACAUCCCUAGUAACUCUUCCAUUUUUACUUCUAUUAAUGUGACCAUGCUGGAGGAUAAGGCGGAGGACAUUAACUUAUACAAUAAAAUACUACUAGAUGUUAUGGAAUGCCGCAGGUUGCCGACGUUUAUACGGACCUUCUAUCAACAGUACUUAAUGACAUCCCUGUUGGCAAAGGGCCAUGAGAUCAUGGCCAGAUCAGUUGCUACAAUGUUAGAUGACCCUGUUUUCAUGAAAAAAAUGCAAGAAUCUAAGUUUGACUUAAUAUUAACGGACCCUGCUCUGCCUAUAGGUGUUGUUUUGGGUAGUUACCUCAAGCUGCCAAUGGUUUUAAAUGUGCGCUGGAUUAAUAGUGGAGAGGGCCAUUUGACCAUAGCUCCCUCUCCAGUCUCCUAUGUUCCCGUGUCAGGAAGUGAACUUCACGAUCAGAUGGAUUUUCUGGAAAGAACCAAGAAUAUGUUACAUUCUAUCUAUAGUUUGGUUGCACAGCACUUUUUCAUUAACCCUGCCUACUCAGAUGUGUUCCAGCGGUAUUUCCCUCCUGGAACUGACUUGCUGUCUUUGGAGCUUGCAGCUGAUAUCUGGCUGGUGAGGACGGAUUUUGUCUUUGAGUUCCCUCGGCCCACCAUGCCCAACGUGGUCUACGUAGGGGGGUUCCAGUGCAAAAAAGCUGGUCCUCUUCCUGUUGAGCUGGAGGUCUUCAUGCAGAGCUCUGGAGAGCAUGGGGUUGUGGUCAUGUCUUUGGGGUCGCUGGUGUCAGCCCUGCCUCAUCAGACUACAGAGGCCAUUGCUGCUGCUUUUGCUGAGCUACCUCAAAAGGUGGUGUGGAGGUUUGUGGGUGAAACGCCUUCAUCCUUGGGGAACAACACCCUUCUGGUUAAAUGGCUCCCUCAGAAAGAUCUCCUGGGGCACCCCAAGACCCGUGCCUUUGUAGCCCACGGAGGCACCAACGGCUUGUAUGAGGCCAUUUACCAUGGCGUUCCCGUUCUGGGCCUGCCACUCCUCUUUGACCAGUUUGACAACCUACUAAGGCUAAAGGUACGUGGGGCAGCUCGGGUAAUGGAGGCCAACUCACUCACCAAAGAAGACUUCCUGGAGGCUCUAAAGGACAUCCUGGAGACUCCCUCGUACCGUAACAACAUACAGCGUCUCUCACAGUUACACCACGAUCAGCCAAUGUCUCCUAUGGACAGCGCCAUCUUUUGGAUUGAGUACGUCAUCCGGAACAAAGGAGCAGCCCAUUUGCAAUCAGCAGGUUUUCGUCUUCCUUGGUACUCCUACUUCUGCCUGGAUGUGGCUGUUUUAAUUAUGGCCCUCAUUGGAGCCUUUGUCUGGGCUUCAGUCUUAGCCUGUAAGGUUCUCUGCUGCCGAAGUUCUCGGAGAAAGAGCAAAGCUGAGUAACUAAUUUGAACAUAACUUAUACUUAAUGCCUGCUGUAAGGGAAAUUAUACUGCACAAUUAAAAACAUAGUAUCUUGAUAUUUUCCAUGGCAAUGUAUUGAUCCAUAGAUGCCAAGUACUGAUAUUUUAUUAUAUAUAUAUCAAUCUUUUAUUAUGUAAAUUGUACAUGAGAAUUUAACUUCUAUCCCUUAACCCAUAAUAUUGUAUCGUGUGGCUUCUCUUUUUGAAUCAAUCUCGGAACCCAUCAAUCUGAUGACAAUUUAGCCUCUAAGGGCAACAGCCAAUAUUUAGGGAGUUAUGGUGUAGCCAGUGGAUAUCUGGGCCAACACCUCCUCUUCUGCACACCGGACGUUGUUUACAUGGUUUCAGAUUAGAAAUUUAAGAAUAACAGCAAGAAUAGAGUUGGAGUUGAGAGACCAUGUCUCUGACCGGAUUGUUUCUCUGCAUAUGAAUGCAGAUACAUGUUACAAAAGCUAAUAAAAAGCAUAUUUAUUGUCAGAAGAUAGCAAAUGGUUUCCAAGAUUGUAUUUCGACCAAUGUGCUCCAGCUUUUUUUGCUCUCCACGCGGACUAUUUACUUGCAUGCAACCAAAGCUCACUCAAACAUGAUUGGUCAAUACUACUCGGACUACAAACGGAAAUCGGAACGCUUUCGAUACCAAAAUCUUGUCCCGUUGCCUACAGAUUCUGCAUGUAGAUAUCAGUUUAUAGAGAUUAAUUUUUAAAUAAAUAAAGGUCAUAAUCAUUGUGUAUGUUUGUUCUAGAUACAGACAAUCUUAUUUGUAAUGAAAUGUUUUUAACAGAGACGAUGGAAUAACAAAAAUGUCAGUUUUGGAAUUAAUUAAUUAGCUUAAAAUGUUCAAAUGUAAAAAAUCAAAGUCUGCUAUUUUCAAGCUUUUCUAAGUUGGUUUCCAUAAUUGCAGUUCUAUUUUGAUUACAAAAAACAACUUUAUGGGUAAAGUGUGUUAUCAAAAUGAUCUGACCUGAGAAUAAACAGGUGAUAGGUGGUCUAACAAACCAAACUGAGGUUUUGCUUACCUAACAGUAGCACAUGUAUAUUAUCAUAGCAUUCAGAAUGUUUUAUCAAAGAUCUCACAGAACAAAUGGUGACAGCCUCCAUCUUACAGCCUGA